CUUAAGAUUCAAUAUUUCUCAUCAAAUUUCCGUCAAUUACAAAGGGUACGAGAGAUAAAAAAACACUUAGUUCAAUCAGUGCAUUAAUCUUAGCAAAAAUGGUCGAUAACUACGUUGAUGAUGAGCAGAUCUCCGAAACCCCACCUUAUUCAGGUCAAGUUUCUGAAUUUUUGAAAGCAGGGAGAGUAAACGUGACAGUAAUCAGCAAGGCGAAAGCACCACCGGAACAAAACCAUUUCAAAGUAAUGCUGGAAUUAACAGGUGCUGAGAUCGGCAAAGACAGAUUAGGAGUAGAUAUUGUUACUGUCUUAGAUGUUAAUUCGAUGGCGAAGAAAGAUAAGAAGUUAGAUAAGAUGAAAAGCGCCAUGAAGUUCAUGAUCAAGAAACUCAGCCCUAUCGAUCGUUUAUCUGUUGUCACGUUUUCCACUUUAUCUACCAAGCGGAAGUCACCGUUACUAGCAAUGGCGGACCAGUCUAAAUCGCGGAUCGAAAAUCUGGUGAACGAUCUAGAGGUGGAGGUUGAGUCCACAGAGAUAACAGUUGCUGAUGGUGUUACUGCUGGUCUUCGAACAGCCCUACAAGUGCUGAAUGAUCGUGUACAUACAACUAGGCGUGUUGCUGCAAUCAUGCUUGUAAUGUGUAAUUGUGACUUGAAGUCUGAUAUUCGAAAUGUGGUUCAAGUUCCAGACAUCAAUGUCCCUGUAUACACGUUUGGUUUAGGCCGAAUUUUUGAUGAAAAGGUACUAUACCAUAUUACAAAUAAAAGUCCUGGAGGAAUAUUUUCAGUGGCAGAUGUGAAGGACACACCAUUAUCCAGCAGUUUGAGCCUGGCUUUUUCACAGUGUUUGGCUGGACUUCUCACAGUUGUUGUUCAAGAUUUGAAGCUAACCAUCACGUCGGUGAACUCCAAAAUUGAGAAGGUUUCUGCAGGAAAUUAUAUACAAUAUGCGAACAACGAUGUUGGAUCUCUAACAGUAUCUUUUGGCAAUCUUUACCGCGAGGAGAAACGCAAUGUCAUGGUGGAACUUCUUCUUCCUGCUGUUGAUACCCAAGCAGUUACGGAAGUUCUCAAGAUUUAUUACUCCUACAAUGCUGGGGAAUACUUUUUCCAAGAAGAAAAACCUCUAAUUACAACUAUAACUCGUAUGGAGACACUGAACGAAGAAGAGCCGGAAAAGGUGACAAUAGAGGACGCACGCCUUAGAACUAUCACUACGAUAGUCGAAGCCACGGACGCGGCGGACUUUGGCAAGUUUGACGAAGCUCAGGAUAAAAUUGUUGAAGCUCAAAACAUGCUUGAGGAUGUUGUUGAUCAACCUGAACAAUCAAUAGAGAUGUUAAAAUAUGAAUUGUAUGAACUCAUAAAGUUAAUGCAAUCACAAGAUAUUUACACAAGCCUUGGGCGUGCUUUUGCUCUUGCUGUUCAGACAUCCCAUGAUCGCCAAAGAUUUGCUACAAGAGGUGCUGCAACACGUAAUUUACGCACAUUUGCAACUUCUUUCAUGGACAAUUACCUUUUUUUUUUUUGGUAA